AUGGGCUCGCUUCUAUCCCCUUUUCUCAUCUCCCCUUCCAUUCCUCCGACCAACCAUUUGCAAUCUCUUCCGCCUUCCCCCGGCGAUGGCGAUAUCCCCGAUGCUUGGUAUGGUAACAUCCAGUACCUUCUCAACAUAUCUGUCAUCGGCUUGUUCCUCUGCGUCUUCAUCUUUCUCUUCGUCAAGCUCCGCAGCGACCACCGCAGCAUGCCCGGCCCUAGCGCCAUCCUCGCCAAGCUGCUCGCCGUCUGGCACGCCACCGGCAGGGAGAUCGCCCGCCAUUGUGGAGCUGACGCCGCACAGUUCCUCAUCAUUGAAGGCGGCAGCUUCACGGUGCUCUUGUCCAUAGCAGCUUUGUCCAUCUGCGUCAUACUACCGGUGAAUCUCUAUGCAGGGACCGCGGUGCUCAGUGACCAGUUCUCCAAGACCACGAUUAGUCAUAUCGGGAAAGGUUCGGAAUUUCUUUGGCUCCAUUUCUUGUUUGCGGUGGUGGUUGUGGUUUUGGCCCAUUUCGGCAUGUCUGCAAUUGAAGAGAGACUGAAAAUAACUAGGUUCAGGGAUGGGAAUGGGAAUUUGAGUGACCCCAAUGCGAAUUCCACUGCUAUCUUCACUAUCAUGGUCCAGGGGUUGCCGAAGAGUUUAGGCCCUGAUAAGGCUUUGUUGGAGGAGUACUUUAGCAAUAAGUAUCCUGGCAAGGUCUACAAGGUUAUCAUGCCUAUGGAUUUAUCUGCGUUGGGUGAACUAGCCACUGAAUUGAUCACGGUUAGGGAUGAAAUUACUUGGUUGGUUGCCCGAAUGGACUCCAGGUUGUUGCCAGAGCGAACUGAGGGGGAAGAUGUAGUUGGUGAAGGGUUCUGGGAGAAAUCUAGAGCAUUGAUGAUCCUUGCCUGGAGGAGAGUAAAGCAAUUGUGGGACAAACUGAUGCAGGGAAUGGGUUAUACUGAUGAAGACAAGCUAGGAAAGUUGCAAGCACUGAGAGCUCAACUUGAAACUGAUUUGGUGUCAUUUAAAGAAGGCCAUGCUCCAGCUGCUGGUGUUGCAUUUGUUGUAUUCAAAGAUGUUUAUACGGCCAAUAAAGCUCUUCAGGACCUUCGAAAUGAGAGGAAACGGAGGUUUGGUAAGUUUUUCUCUGUGAUGGAGUUGCGAUUGCAGAGAAACCAAUGGAAAGUGGAACGGGCCCCUUUGGCAACUGAUAUUUACUGGAACCACUUGGGGACAACAAAGUUGUCACUGAGGUUGAGGCGAACCUUUGUGAAUAGUUGCUUGCUGUUGAUGCUUUUGUUCUUUAGUUCUCCUCUUGCGCUUAUAACCGCCCUCCAGAGUGCCGGCAGGAUAAUUAAUGCAGAGGCAAUGGAUAAUGCCCAAUCAUGGUUACAUUGGGUUCAAAGCUCCAGUUGGUUUGCUUCCCUUAUCUUCCAGUUCUUGCCCAAUGUUAUUAUCUUUGUGAGUAUGUAUGUAAUAGUGCCCUCUGCACUUUCAUAUCUCUCCAAGUUUGAACAGCAUCUUACUGUUUCGGGGGAGCAAAGAGCUGCACUUUUGAAGAUGGUUUGCUUCUUCCUCGUGAACCUAAUCCUAUUGAAAGCAUUGGUUGAAUCUUCUCUGGAGAGCACGAUCCUGAAAAUGGGCAGGUGCUAUUUGGAUGGAGAAGAUUGCAAAAGGAUCGAGGAAUACAUGAGUGCAUCAUUCCUAUCAAGAUCUUGUCUUUCUUCUUUGGCAUUUCUAAUCACUAGCACUUUCUUGGGGAUAUCUUUUGAUCUUUUGGCACCAAUUCCUUGGAUAAAGAGAAAAUUGCAGAAGUUUAGGAAGAAUGAUAUGCUUCAGCUUGUACCAGAGCGAAGCGAAGAGUACCCGUUGGAAGAAAAUCAGACGGCUGUGGAUGAUGGCCUUCUUCAGAGACCGCUGAUGAGGGAUUAUGUGAAUAAUUCAGAUGGGCAAGACCUUUCUGAAUAUCCACCUAUCAGCAGCAGCAGAACAUCUCCUAUCCCGAAGCAGAAGUUUGAUUUUGCUCAGUAUUAUGCAUUCAAUUUGACAAUAUUUGCCCUUACCUUGAUAUACUCAUGUUUUGCUCCAUUGGUGGUCCCUGUGGGUGCGGUCUAUUUCGGAUAUCGAUACAUGGUAGACAAGUACAACUUCCUUUUUGUGUAUAGAGAAAGGGGGUUUCCUGCAGGGAAUGAUGGAAGGUUGAUGGACGUCGUGCUUGGUAUCAUGAGAUUCUGCGUUGAUCUAUUCCUGGUGUCAAUGAUCUUCUUCUUUGCUGUUCAAGGGGAUUCCACAAAGCUGCAAGCCAUUUUCGCCCUAGGGCUGUUAGUAGUGUACAAGCUUUUGCCUUCAGAUAGCGAUUACUUUCACCCUGCACUUUUACAAGGUUUUCAGACUGUUGAUAGCAUUGUAGAUGACGGACCUAUUGAUUAUGAGGUUUUCUCACGGCCCAGCUUUGACUGGGAUGCAUACUGCCCAUGA